AUGAGUGGAUGGCUGUACUGUAGUGUGAUUUUCUUGGUGGUCCACGGCCUCCUCUCUCCCGCUCAGCCAGGCCCCAGCGUUGUGAUUUGCCGGCCGCGCGGCACACGAGCCGUUCACAUUGUGCCGCCUCCUCUCCGGAGGAACAACAACCCUGCGACAAAGGUCCCCCAACGCAGCUCUGGGACCCCCGGAUGUCGGGUCAGGAAAGGCAUGGAGGAAAGCUAUGAGACAUUUGAAGAGGAGUUAGGGCCACCAGGAGAAGAUCCUCCUCCGCAGAAGCCUGUUCGACAGACCCGGCAACCAGAAAUGUACGUAAGCAGGAAAGUUAGAGAGGAAAUGUCUGCAGUUCCUCCGCCACCAAAAGUAGAACCAAAGACUUUGCACAUGGACCCAAGAGCUCCCAGGAAAUUUCCUGUCCAAAAAGCCUUGUCCAUGCAAAAUUUGAGCCAGAUUGAGACACCUUGGGAAAACGUCACGCUCAACCGCUGUCUGUUUGUUGCCAUUACCAUCCUGGUGCUCACCUCGGGGUGCCAGAGACUUCACGAAACGCUGCGUGGUCGAGGGGCAGCAGAGGAAGAGGAUGAGGAGGUUGAAUUGAUCGUGAGACAUCCGACCACGUUACGACACAGAGGCAAACCACCGCAGCCCGAGACAACACUGUGGGAAGUUUUGUUUUGGUGGCUGCCGGACCUUAACGAUGAGGAUGAUGGAAAAAGGAAAAGAGGAGCACCAAACCAGAGCUUGAGGGGUCUCAGAAACAGGCCAGUGCCAGACAAAAAACUCACGAAGCAGAGAGAAGGGACGCUCCAGACGAGGAGAGCCAAGAAAGCCCGAGAACAGCAUGCUAAAGACAAGAAAAAGAAGGAAAUACUAAAGACGCCUGACAAAGCAGAGGACGAAAAGCUGGAAAACGAGCCGCUGGUAUCAAACAUAAUGAGAGAGAAUAAGGAAACGAAGAAAAAAAUUCAAAAAGAACAGUUUUAGCAUAACUGAAAAUAACUUACAGGUUUGUGUAUGACAUCGCCACCAACCAAUCAACUUGCAUCCACAUCUGUCAAUACAGCUAGAGAAGUAAUUUGAAUUA